AUGCCACAGCAGUGUUCAGAUGAGGUCGAGGCCAUCCCAGCGGAUGAAUGCGAUGAAGACCCUGGUUCCUGCGCUUUGAUUCUUCAGAUGCACCCCAGGUACUCCAGAAUCAUCCAGCUUCAUCAGCUUCAGAGUGCCUUGCAGCUGAAGACAGAAACGGAACCUACGCCCGGAAAGCCGGGAACCAUUUCGGUGGUCUUGGCCACAGAGGAUGCUCUGGGCCACACUAGCCAGGCGAGAAAACCCUCAGAUGAUGAGAGCCAAAGCGGCCAAAGCGUCACGCUGCUGGAAGGUGGCCAAGACAGCGAGACACUCAACAGGGUAGCUGCCUGCUGCCGUUGCGCUGCCGGUGACGUUGGCUUUUCAGCCACAGGUCAAUGUGAUUUCUGCGAAGGGCAGGUAGCAUCCAAAGUCGCAGCGCCAAGGGAAUGUCAAGAGCCUUCCCUUUUGCAGUCGGCUAGGACAGCAUGCGCGCAGAAGUGUGGCAAGCAGUUCAGGCCAAUUGAGCGGCAGGAGCAGAGGAAGCUGUUCGCGUCCCUCAAGAGUGGAGUUGUGGUGGUGUACGACACCUCCAUUUUGCCUAUGCAGAGAGUUGCCAGCAUACCGGACAGUGGGAUUACCAACCCAAAUCCUAUCACGGCCAUGGACUACGAUGCCAGCACGGGAACGCUCUUUACAGGGUCGAAAGACGGCAUCAUCCUGUGGACUGUCAAGAUGGGUGACAUGGGUGGCUGGGGCCGACGGGUGGCGCAGAUCGCAAGCAUGGAGGCGCCCACGUCAUUGGCCUGGGCACAGUCUUCCCGUGAGAUCAUUGCGGGCUUCGAGAAUGGUGCAGUCGUUGUGUUUGACAUGGACCGCAACCAAGGGGAGCCCAGUUAUGCAAUCCAGGCACAUGCCGAUGGUGUCACAGCCGUGAAAUGGCUUGAUGCUCCACGGCGGUUGUUCACAGCAUCAAAGGAUAAGACUCUGAAAAUCUGGGACUUUCCGUCAAUGCAAAGAUGCAUCCAGUGGCCGUUCUUGCUCGUCCGAGCGACGAGGCACUCUGCUGGACGGCGCCGCAUGCUGAUAGUGAGGACAAAUUUUGGUGAUGGUAAGCGUGUCGAUGACUUCGCUGGCUGCAAGGGUAAGGAAUGUAGUCUGGACAAGCAGUUCAAACUCGAGCUCUGCCAACAGCUUUCUGCGUGGCUGGGCUGGGCUGCUUGCGCCUUUGCAUCAUGGGAGGUGAUUUGUCGAAGCAUUGCUUCCAAGCAGGAAGACCUAGUACGCCACUUGAAUGAGACGAUGUUUGACUUUGCAGAUUGUCAGGUAGCGAGGCUACAGCCCAUCUGCAUCAAUGGAUGCCUUGGACAGCUGCCAGAGGAUGCUGGAGAUAUCCUUUCGGUGGGUUACCUGCAGAACGGAAAGAAACAAGGUGGCGCAAAGGCUGUGGCAAAGGCUCUCGACCCUAGGCGUCAACGUCUUGCCGAGUUUAAGCUUCAGGGAAGGACAGUGAAGGAGCAGCUUGACAAGUUUGUGGCAGACGCUCAUAAGCGCGGGGAUGUCUACAUCAUUGUGCUCGAUCAGCGCUUCUUUUGCCAGCAAGAUGACUCACAGACUGGGCCCCUUCAAUGGAGGAGUAAAACCAUCUUGCUACGCCUAGAGAUGCAGAUGCAAACGCGGAUGGCAGUGCAAUUGGACUGGACCGCGCCCAGCACGGAAGACUUGGACCUCUGCGUUCGAGGCAUUAAUCUUGCAGGAGAGGAGGUGGCACAGAUGCGCUUGUCCAAGGAGGACGCCUUUGGUCUACUUCGUGCCACUUGCCUCAAGAUCCUGCCGCAGUGGGUGCGAUAUGGUCUGUGA